AAAGAAAACUUAUGAGAAAAAAUGGAGGAUCCUGAUCUCUAUGAAAAUAAUAAAGGAACUAUUGUUGGCAUUGCGGGUGAUGAUUUUGUGAUACUAGCAGCUGAUACCAGAAUUUGUUCAGAUUAUUCUAUUGUCGCACGUGCUUAUAUAAGGGUUCAUACUGUUCCUCCCAAUUUACUUGUUGCCGCGAAUGGUUGUGAGGCCGACGCAAAUGCUUGGAUCAGCGAUAUACGAAGUUUCGGGAUAUCAAUGCAGGUGCUAUACGACCAACCCUUGAUACCAAAAUCCGCCGCGUCUUAUUCUUUCGUAUCGCAAUAUAAGUACCGUUUAUUCCCUUUAAAUAUAUCAACGCUAAUUGGAGGUUUUGAUGAGCAAGGAAAGAGUGUAUUAUAUGUGAGUGAUUCUCCUGGGCUUUAUCAUUGCAUGCCUUAUAGUGCCCGUGGUGCUAGUUAUAAGUAUGUUGAGUCGUUGAUUGAUUCACAAUUAACCAAUGCUAAGAUUAAUAUUCUUAAAGACCCUGCCUCGCUUACCAAAGAUUUUGCUAAGAAAUUGAUUCUUGAGGGUUUCGUUUGUUCUACUGAACGUUCUACAGAGACUGGUGAUGGUGUAUUUGGUUACAUAAUUACAAAAGAUGGUAUAGAGCAAUUUGGAGCUGAAUUGCGCGAGGACUAGAAAAGAAUAACCCACUUUAAACAAUUCUCUUCAAUUUUUUUUUUUAAAUACUUUUAAA